AUGGCGCCAAAGAAAUUGGAGAGCAAGUAUAAAAAAACACACACUUUGGAGUCCCGCCAAAAAGAGGCGGCGAAGGUUCGUGAACGACAUCCUGACCGACUUCCCAUCAUCUGCGAGAAGGUGGACGACUCCGACAUUGGCGACCUGGACAAGGGGAAGUUUCUCGUGCCGUCGGACCUCACCGUGGGGCAAUUUGUACUGGUGCUUCGGAAGCGCGUGAGGGUGGACGCGGACGAGGCGAUAUUUCUUUUUGUCAAUGGUGCAGUGCCUCCCACCACGGCACAGAUGUCGGACCUCUACGCACAUCACAAGGACGAGGACGGCUUUCUUUACAUAAAGUACUCGGGUGAGGCAACUUUUGGUUCUUGGUGA